AUGGACAAAUUGAAGACGAUCGGCUUGAACACGUGGCUUCGAUUUGUUGAGGAAAUAGGUGGUUGGAUGAGAGAACUAGUGCAAGAUGUUCAACCAGUACCCAUCGAGCUGUCAGUACUACAGGCUUUCAACUAUUCAGUUUUUCCUCUAUUUUGGGCUGGAGUCGAAGUGAACUAUUUCGACUCGAAAACUCAUCUUAUUACUAUUUAUGAACAGCUUCCUUUGUUGCUCAAUCCAAGCGUCUAUCAGUUCGAUGUACCGGUUACAGCGGAGAUGAUUCUCAACAAGGAGGGUCCUCAGGCGACGUCGUUGCUCCAAGAAACUGGCGAGGAAAUGGCCGUAUUACUCGGUUUCGAUCGCACUGAUCCAGCCCUCCGGACGAUGAUUGCUCGGAUGAUUGAGUUGGAAUGGAGGAUCACUGUUAGUGGCAGUAGGUUUUAUAAGCACAAAAAAGAACGCUAUGAAGUGAUCUCUUUGGCCGAGCUGCAGACCAUAGUUCCAGCUUUAAACUGGCGAUUAUUCCUGUCGUCGUUGACUGGAGAAGAUCUCCACGCUCAUGAGAAGAUCGCUCUGAAAACUGGUCGAGAAUGGCUUAUGAAACUCUCGCAGAUACUGCUUGAAUAUCUGGAGACCAGCGGAGGACAAGCUGUCAUACGGAACUACAUAAAAUGGAAAACGUUGUUCUUCCAUUUGGCUUAUGUGAAGCCGAACUGCAAAGAAGGCUACCUCUGGAGCGUUGUCGAGAUCUACUCUGGGCCUCCACACCUUCGUAAGGAGUUCUGCAUUAUGCGAGCCUCAGGCAUUUUCCCACUUUCGCUGCCGUCAGUCCUUCGAAAGAUCGACGGAGAGAAAAGAUCGAGAGACAAUAAAGCUCUUGUGAAGAAAAUCUCUCGAGAUGUCGUAGCAGAGUAUCGUCAUAUGCUUGAAGCAAGUCGCAUUUUGGAUAAUGUGACUGCUCCAAUGGCUCUGGACAAGCUUGCUAACAUCUCUGUCCUCGUCAGCUAUCCAGAUAGGAUCGACAACGAAAUGGCAAUGGAAAGUGAAAGCGAACGGAUAUCGACGGAGUUAUUUUGGUCUAUGGUGUUCGGUGCUGGCGCGGUUUAUCGGGAAAAGAUCAAGAGGUUACGAAAGCCCGUCAAUCCAAGGUUAGCUCCACUUGAUUUGUUUCUGUAA